AUAGAUUUGACUAAAAAUCAACUGUGAAUAAAAUUUCGCGAAAGCGCGCGUAUUCGGCUAAAGAAAGAUGGCGGAACGAUCGAUGGUCGAUUCUCGACUUAACCUCGCAGUAAUGUCCGCUAGGUGCGUGUAAGUCGAAAUGGUUCUGUAGUCGUGUAAGCAUAACAGAGCGCCUAGGAAGGGAGUGACAGACAGGUGUUUAGAUCGUGCAAAAUAAUUCGGCGCGAAAAUCACGCGGGGUGCGCGCUGUAUCCGUGAAUAAGGAUCCGCAGUAUCAUCCUGCAGGAUUCCGUUUUAAUCGGCAGAUACGCGCACGCGCCACGUUCGCAUCGCGCUGUCUCUCACCGCCGAUAUAUACUCUGCCGCGAGUAACCGCCGCCAUAAUUAUUAUUUUAACCGAUGAAAUAUUAAUAACGGCAUACGUAGCACGUUUUCACGUCCGAGAGCACCGUCCCGGCGAGGAUGCGUCAGCGACGCUAACUGGUCGCUCGCUUGGAUAUGAUGAAAACUGUGUGUGUAUGCAUGUAUGUGUGGUGAGAGAGUGAGAGAGUAAGUGAUAAAGGGGUGAGGGGCAAGAGUGUGUCGUCCAUCCAAGCGUCGCGCGUGGAGAAACGGAGCACGCUAGCGCCGAUUCUGUCGAACUUUCCAGACGAGAGCGCGGUGCUCGUGCUUUCGGCGAGUCAAUCACUGGUGGUCGGCCGUAGUAUCUUUGCACGGGCUAUGUACCGUUAGCUCGAAUUCAUAUCCCGUUGGCCGGCUGAAGCAGGAUACUCGCGCUUUACCUACCUACCGACCGAGGAAGACCGAGCCAUAUUCGUUCGUGGUCGGUCGGCUAGCUCGUAAACCCGGAAACGAAGUGUGCGCGUCUCCGUUGGACGAGAACUCGUCGCGCGCGCGAGAAAGAGAUCGAAAUAGGGACGGAAGGAGAGACAGAAAGAGCAGCAGUGUGCGAGCGCGAAUUUAUCGCGAAGUCACUCUCAGAUUCUCUUGGAGCUUCCGUUAGAGAUAUAUGCGCGCGCGAUCUGUAUGACGUUGGUUUCUACGUGAUACCGCGUAUGACGUGUGCGCGGAGACCCAGCGACAGCGAUACGUCAGUCAGCGUCGCGUGCAUGUAGAAAUGAGAAAGUCGUUGCCGCCGCGCUGAGGAUUGGGAACGACGACGCAGGCGAGUCAGCCAGACGGACGAUUCCCGUACUAAGCGACGGAGUGCGGAGAGAACGAAGGCAGCGACCAGUAGCAGCGGUAACGUCGAGCUGAGUGCGCGCGGAGAGAUUCGUGGCUGCUUGCUUUAUCCACCUGCCUGUACUUACGGUGUAGUCAACUGGGAAAAUGAAUUUUACACCUUUUCCCGGAUUCACCGGUUCCCUACCAACGGGUACCGUGCAUCAGUUCGCCACGGCUAAAUUCGCACAGAAUCUCACUACUGGAGGUCAAGUGGUUGGAGUUUUGUCCGGUGGUGAGGGUGGAGUCCAUUACCUGAGGCCAGUGGAUCCGAAUGGUUUUGCCGUAGCUCAGGGUGGCAAUAAUCAACAGCAGCAGAUCAUCACCCUGCCUGUCACCGUACCGGGAAAAGAUGGCACGCAACAACAACAAACUGUUCAGAUACAAGUGAUCAAUCCUAGCGUAUCUCAAAGUGGAAACAGCGGUGAUCAGCCCAAGUAUCACUUGGCUCCGAUUUCGCUGAGUCAGUUUCCGCAAGGAGCAGCUACAGUUCUUACCGUUGCCUACAGCCAGCAGGGCGCGGAUGGAGUACAAAUCCAGGUUCAACCACAAAACACCGUAGCAACUACACAAACAUCGGAUCAAACGACGCAAAGCACAUCCACUGCUGUGACUACUACAUCACAACAAACCAUUCAGCAGACUGUACAGCUUCCGGGAGCACCUGAGGGUCUGACUGUAGUGGCUCAGAUUCCUCAAGAUUUGAUUCUGCGAGAAAGCAUAGAGGAAUCUAAGGAGGAUGUGAAGGAGGGCACGACGCCAGUGGCGCUUAUUAAGCGAGGCAGCGUGAAGAGUCAAGGCAAUCAAAGCGGGGAAGAGUUCAUCACUUCAUUGCCCCCGAGUUGGCAGAGUCUGGCUGCUCCAGGAUCUACAGUCGCGGAUUAUCUCUCCAGACUGCCCACCAGUACUUUGCCUCUUAGUUUGCAACAUUUCCUCAAAUUUUCGGCAGAGACUAUAAAGAGAGAAGCGACCAUCGAGUCUAGUCCACUCGGGGCAGAUGGUCUUGACGCCUCCGGAAGCACAGCUUCGGGUGAGCAAGCCGUGCAGAUUACAGUCGCCGGAGGAGAGACUGCCAUCAUUCCUGAUGUUGUCGAAGAGCAAGAAGCAGGCGCAAAACCGAAGCGGAAAAAGAAAUACAAAAAGAAACCUCCAAAACCGAAGAAACCAAAACCGGGACAAGUGAGCAUCGUUACCGCCCUCGACGGAACGACUUUAUUUUGCUGCCCCCAAUGCAAUAUGGCGUAUCCUGAGAAAGAAAGUUUGGAACAACAUUUAAUUGGACACAAAAUAGAAAGGAGGUUCAUAUGCGAUAUUUGCGGCGCUGGUCUUAAACGGAAAGAACACUUGGAACGGCACAAAUUAGGUCAUAAUCCCGAUAGACCAUUUAUUUGUUCCGUUUGUAUGAAAGGCUUUAAGCGAAAAGAACACUUAAAUUUACAUUUCGUUAUACAUUCUGGACAGAAAACUGAAGUAUGCACCGAAUGUGGUAAAGCGUUUUAUCGAAAGGACCAUCUUAGAAAACAUGCGAGGUCUCAUCUCGCUAAACGUGCCAAGGAGGAUCCACUCAACACCAACGAUUCGGCGCAAAAUCAACAACAGGCGGACCAACAGCAGCAGCAAGUAGAGAUACAACAACAAUCAUCGGUGCCUGAGUUGCAGCAAAUUCAGAUACAAGUCGGACAAGGCUCUCAAGCGCAGAUUCAUCAGAUCUCUGUUAGCGAGCAAUCUACUGUGGUGUUGCCUACGGCCGCCGAAACUGGAGCUAUGACUAUGCUUCAUCAGCAGCAACAACAGCAGCAACAACAGCAACAACAACAACAACAGCAUUAGCAACAGCAUACCGCCCCGAAUCAACUCGGGCGGUACUUUCGUUUCAAUCAUCAACAGGCUAGAAAUCGUGCAAAACAUAGCAUACUCGCUGAUUAAGUUUCGCAACUCAAUAGCAGAUCGAUGUUAUCGAGAGGAAGUUUCGUUGGUCUUCAUCAUUGCCUGAUUAAUUAUUCUGCAAUUUCCAUUUGAAAUGUCUCCGUUUCUUUCAAGUAAACGUCUUUGCCCACUGAUCUGCCGGCUACAAUUCGAAAUCUUGUGCACCUUUGAUAAUGACACGAAAAAAUUCGUAAUCAUGUUUAUAAUAAUUAAUUCUGUAAAGCGUAUCGCGUUGAAUCGAUACAAUUCUUAUGUGCAAGAUGUCCCGGUAAAGAUUGAAUGUGUCGAUCAGGUAAAAAGAGUAUGCAAGUUUAUAUAAAUUUAUUUUCUAUGACGCAUUUCUGUUGAGAAAUCUACUUUUAAAAUGAAGAUCUGAAAAGUAUUUCUUAAAAGAAUAUUUCUAUUUGAAAAAUUUUAAUAUUUUUUUUAUUAUUUUCAUGUGAAAUGAAAAUCAUGUGCAAGGUACGAAAUAUUUUUGUAUCCUAAAAAUAUCCUAAAAAUAUCCUAAAAAUAUUUCAGAAAAAAAAAAUUUUAUUUAUUUAAAAAAAAAGAUUCAGAUUUAAAAAGUUGGACUCCUCAAACGUCAUGAAACGCCUCAUCUUUACUGGGACAAUUGUAUGUAAGAGUUUCUCUCUUACGUACACGUUGUAGCGUACGUGGAAAGAAGCGACAGUAAUUGACCGCCUCGGAUGUGAUGAUGUAUUUGUCGCUGAUCCAGUUCCAUGACGCAAGUUAGAAAUAAAUGGAGAAGUUUAUAUAAAUAUAUAAAUAUAUAGAUAAAUAUAAAUACAAAAAUAUAUUUUUGAAAGCGCGAACUGGAUUCGCCGGAGGUGAGAAGGCAAUCGAGUUUUGGGCUGAAAAUAAUUCGCUUUGACGAUAAUGAUAAAAUACGUAAUGAAAGAAUUACAUGAUAAAAUACAAUAUGGAACUGAGUUGUAAAUACAGCGCGGCUUUUCAUCCCUGAAAAGGGGAGGGGAAGAACGUGUCGUAUAAAUAUUAGUGCGAGGUGAGUCUUAUUUAUUUCUCUUGUACAACACAAUCGUGACGUCGUGACACAGUCACAUGAAGGAGUUCGCCGGUGAAUCAUUAAGUUUAAUUUUUAUCUUGUAGAAGUACAUCAACGGAAGCAUGCUUAAAUUUUUCUACAAUUUAUAUCAUUGCAUACGUUGCGUUCAAAGACGCGAAACAAUGGUUACUGAAGUCCAUGUUCGAAGUACGAAAUGAUAAGAUCACAAUACAA